UCCCAACAAGCCAGAAAAGAUACAGCAGCUGCACUUGGAAUUGGAAGCAUUUUCAUUUUUAUUUUGGAAGGGAAUUAAAUCCGUUUUUGUCAUGCCGCUAAGCUCUAUUUCGUGCUCUGGAUUCAAGGAAUGCGAUGAAGAUGGAUGAAGCAGAGAUCAUAGCUUUAAAAAUAUUGAAUUUAAAAAGACGAAUGAAGACAUAUGCUUGUCUCAGCCCCUGUACAGACCUAACCCCUGCUCAAUCUUCUCCUGUAUUUCUGUAUCUGUCCAUGGUCUGAGACAUAUGUGAACAACAAUCCUCCUUAAUGGCAAAUUCAUGGACACAUACCCAAAAUGAAAUGAAAACCAACACCCCUUGCCAUGACAUUUCUCACAGCGUAAGACAUCAAAGGAAUUCACUUCUUCAAUGCCCUGAGUUGAACCAAAGACGAUGAUUAGCAUCGUCUCUGUGUCUCUGUGGCUUAAUCUACCCCAGUCUUGAAAACGGCAAAACAUGAGUGCCAAGCUUGCGUUUGCCUUGUCUCUCUGACAGCCAUUUUGACUGAUAGCCCAUAGUGACUCAGCUGAUCUCAUAGCCCGUCAGCCCUCUCGCUUCACAGCUCCAUGACCUCAUCUUGGCAGUGACAUCGGUGGGAGAAUGGCGAUGAAGGGCGCUGGGGAGCCAAGGUGUCAGUAAGGCUGGAUCCCAGGCAACCGCGCCGAGAACUGGCAAUGAGCAUCAUUCUGCCAAACAGACCGCAGCAUGCAGUCUGUCUGCUGGUUCUUUGACCUGCCUUUGAGACAACACAAAGGAUGAACUUAUCCAGGCUGAGGUGGCCUUGUGUGAGGGUGUGAUUUUGGACCCAUAGAGGAUGAACACGAUGAAGACGUUGGAGGGCCAAGACACACAGAACUCGCCUCCCACCACACAGGUGCCCAUCGGCUGGCAGCGCAAGGUUGACCACACCAGGGUCGUCUACAUAAGUCCCAGUGGUUCAGUCCUUGUCUGUUUGGAACAAGUCAAGAACUACCUGCUUACAGAUGGCACCUGUAAGUGUGGUUUGGAGUGCCCCCUCAUUUUACCAAAGGUGUUCAACUUUGACCCUGGGGCUGCCGUGAGACAGAGGACCACUGAGGAUGUCAAAGGGGAUGGGGACGUGACCAAGCUGUGCAUCCACAAAAGGAAAAUCAUUGCCGUAGCCACCCUUCACAAAAGCAUGAAGUCACCCAAUCCUUCCUUUGUUCUCACCAGUCCAAGUGAUACAAGUUCAGCAUCCUUCACACAUUCCCUGUCUAACCAUCAACGCGAUGGCUCCACAAGAUUUCAGCCUGAAGACAGCAAUAGGGCUUACCAGACACCAGUGACGUUGCAUGGCCAGAAGCACUUCCAACAUGAUAUGGGCUCCCCUCCUCAACAGGACGUAUAUUCUAACUACAACAGGAUGAAGCAAGGCUCAAGUCAGCAUGUAGACCGCAAGUCGCCCUACAGGCAUCGGCUUAGUGGGCUGCUCAGUCCCUCUUCAGCUGCUGGCUCCCACCCUUACCUGGAUAGCAGUCCCUCCUCUAGAAGUGAUUCCCUCUUGAGUCCAGAUCUAUCUGCUGGCUUCCAAGUGACCUGUAGUCCAGGAAAGACCCACACUAACAGCGCGCCCACAACCCCGCUGUCUCCAAUCCGCGCCUCGCAUCUCAGCUCCCCGCCAUCCUCCCAGCCUUCGUGUGCCAUGGUGGGCAGAGGGAAUGUUCCUCCUGCUCCAUCUAACGCUGCCAAGAGUCCCGUCAUGAAACCCCCUUCUUCUUGCGGUUACCCUCAGAACAUGGACAUGUUUCACCACAAGCCUCAGUCAGUGCUUCACCUUAACCCUCACCACUCUCAGCUUUCUUCCUGUGUCAUGGCAAAGCCACAGGUGGCCACUGAGAAAGAUCCCCUUGGCAUCUUGGACCCCAUUACCAGUCAUUCUUCUUUGGGGGCAAAUCCAUCAAGUCUUCAGACCAAUGCCCACACUCAGGUACCACCAGUGAAUGUAAAUAUGCACUCCACCACUGUUCCGUUACCAAGUAACCUUCCGUUACCGACAGCAAAGCCCGGUCCUACAGGUCACAGCAGCAGAGGUCAGUACCAUACACCACUAUCUGUCUCACCGUCACCGAUCACAUCUCUUGUGCAAAUGGCAGCGUCCUCUUUGGUCAGGCUAGACACUCAACAUCACGGUACCCGUUCAGCAUCCUCUGUUUCUGACCAUGGGGAAUUUGUGGUACCUGCUGGACUACAGGCCUCCUUUGGGCUCACUAAGGUCCCUUCACCAUCCCCACACUCCUCUUUAUGUUCCCCUUACCCCAUUGGGUCAUCAAGUCCAUCUGCGAAAUCGGAAAUGCUUCAGAACUACAAGGACCAUUCCAGCCACUUCCUUGGGGGAAUGAAAAGUACUCUGAGAAAACAUUCCAACCCAAAGUACCCAAGAUUUGGCUCAAGUGAUGGGCUUCAAAAAAGCAACCAGGGUGUGAUGGGUGGAAUGAACCACAUCCUCAACAAACGCAACUCGACCAACUUCGCAGCAAGUCACCUCUUGUCCGCAGCAGCCAAAGCACAGACUGCUCAUAAGAACAUAACUUCCAGUGGUGAGUUGGAAGCAGGAGUCCCUGUUGGUCAUCACAGUAUGAAUGCAAUAGCGGAUUCCCUUCCCCCAGUAGUGACCGAGGCCCAGAGCGGCCGUGCGGUAUUACGUGAUAAACUCAUGGCCCAGCAGAGGGAUGCAGUCCACAAGAGCAGACACCUCAGUAACAGUAACAACACAGCCUUCCACAUGCCUAAGUCCCAGUACAGCAGCUCAGCCUCAAGGUUCCUUGGUUCUUCGGAGUUUGUCAGAAAGCCUCCACCGCAGCAUGGUUUCAAAUCCAGCGCCUCUAUGGCCCAGCUUCUGCAGAACAUGAGCGGUACCCACAAUGGAACAUCUCAGAUGGAACACUACUUAGGGGGUUCAGCCCAGUCUCCUUUUAGGGAUGGCAUUGUUUCCACAGGUGCUGCCUUUCAAAGCCAGCAGGUGCUGCGGUGCUCUCAAGAUGGCGUGAACUUGUCACAGUGCCAGAUCAUGGAACAACAUUCACUAAAAGAAGACCGGCAUUCUGCCAUGAUGAAUCACUAUCAACCACACGCUCAUGCAGAGCACUCUUGGAUGGGUCGAGAUGGACAGGCAGCAAUGGGAUCACAGGCCCCCCAUAAACCACACCAACAACUGCCCAACCACCAUUACUACCCCCUGAACUCCCCACACAUCCACAGAGGGACAGUGUUUUCAUCCAUGAUCCCAAAUGGUUAUGUUCAGACACUUUCAGGUAUGUCAGGAGCGCCACAUAAAUGACCUAAUUCUCUUCACUUGGAAGCUGUGUGGAUUUCCUCAAACGCUCUCCAAAUGCCUCAAGGGCAGCAGAUCACAAUCGCUUUCGCAAGGUUGUAUUUGAGUGUGAUAAAUAUGGAUGGAUACCUGAACCCCACAACUACAUCACAGCUAGAGCUACAACAACUGAGAUUCACAAUGGAUCCUGGAGAUGAAAUGUUGCAAAGAAUGUCUUGCUCUCUGCCAAGUCAAUGCAGACUCAAGCCAAAUCAAAAAAGAGCUUCAUGGAUCAGAGGGACUGUCUUAUGUUGGGGGACGAGCAUCAAAGAUAGUUGUGGAUUAACCGAAAAGUGAUAUAAAAGCACCAUAAUACAACAUCCGGUGUGUGCAGCAGGAUUCUCACCAAGGCUCUCAAUGCCAUCUGUGCCUUCGCCACCCCCCCCCUCCUCCCUAUCCUUCUCCCCUGUGGGGUGAACGGGGUCAUUUAUGGAUCCUUGCACCUCUGCCUGGACAGAUAAUCCAUCCUGGUGAGACUGGAGGGGGCGCUAUAGAGCCAAUUGCUGAGAGAACAACCCCACCCAAAGAUAGGAUGGAAUGAGAUUCAGAGAGAACCAAUGGAUAAAAGCCACUGCUCCAUUCUAUACUGUAAGUAAAAUGUUACAGGAACAGCUGAGGAUUGAAAUCAAAAAGAGCUAAAUACAGUUGAUCAAGACAAGCCAAGAGAAGGCGUGGACCCAGUUUGAACCCCACUGUUGGACUCAACCAGUAGCUCCCACACAUGCCCAGUCCGGACAUGUACUUGUACCAAGGACAACAGUGAUUACAGUUGUUUUUCCAGCCAGCACUGUAACAGAAAGAUAAAUAUAGCCCUAGUCUCUUCAUCAUGCAUUAAAGCAGUGGUAAUAAGGACUGCAAACCCAAAAAGGGUCCGAAACAGUAGGCGAACAGCACAGGAUCACUUUUUUUAAAGACAGUCUUGGCUGCUUAAACAAAGAAUCUCCAUUAUGGCCUGUCACGUUUGAAAGUGAAGGGCACAGCUACAGCUCUGGAAGAAAAGGUAUUGACUGGAUUAUUCAGUAGGUAAGUAUUGAUGAAUUGAUUGCUUUUGGAUGGUCUCCAAACCCUAGCCUCUAACCCUAGAAUGGUUCAUCAUAGUCUCAGUAACGUCAUUUACUGACAAUCUGAAAAAAAAAAAUACAAGAUUUACAUAUAAGUAAGUAUGAAAUAUAAGGCCUUGUAGAAAUGGACUAAUUAUGUGGUGUGAAAUUAACUUUGAAUAGUGCUCUAUAAAGUUUACUAUGCAAUUAACUUCAGAUCUUUGUAUUAUGGUUGUAAGAGGAUUAUACUCAUAUAUAUACACACACAUACUGUACAUAAACACAAGUAUAGCAUACAUACAUGCACACAGACAUGUAUGCACAGAUUACUUGAAAUUCUUUAAAUCUGUGGAAUAUUCACUUCCAUCUUUACUCUGUUACUAAAAGUAGUAGUUGGUGGAACAUCCAGAGAAUUCUAACCCAGGGCCUUGGGCUCAGCAGUGCCAAAGAAGUAAUAAGUAGUUGGCUAAUCACUUUGAAGCUGAUGAAUUGAGUUCUGCACUAGUGGGUCACCUUAGACACAGAAAAACUGACAAUUACGAUUACGGAGGAAAGGCCCCAGGCAACGGUGAGCACAUGGACUUGUAAGCUUGUGGGAGGUCAUCAAGAGGUCACGGAUCAGGAUCAGAGCAUUUCACAUUUCAUGUGACAAAGAUGUUUUGGUGCUGCAAUCUUAUGUACUGGAUGAAAAGAAAAGCCGCUACUUUCAGAAUGACUAAACAUCCCUAUAAAAGUUUUUUUGUGUGUCCAACCUGUGACUAUGUAUCUAUCUGUGACUGCUUAUUUAAAAUGAGUAAGAAUGAAGAAUGAUUUCCUCUGGUGCAUUUUAAAUAUAUACAUUACAGAAUGGUUGACUACUGUACAACAUUGCAGAAGACUACUUCUUGCAGAUUUUGCAGUGUUAAAUGGCACUAUUUUGCUUUUGAAACAGGUUGUGAAUUGCAAUGAAAAUCGUAUCCUAACAUUUUGUGAAUUUGGUCUGUUUGAAACAGACAUAGAACAUGCAUGAAUAAGUAGCCCAUUAAAUACUUAACAAUGCUCUCAAUUUUUCUGUCCAAUGUAAAUAAUAUUUUAUGGCUAGCUGCGUUAUGGGGGUCUGCUUUACAAAAUUAGUCGCUACUACAACCUCCUAGUUGAGUUGAGUUGAGUUGAGAAGAUGUUUUUUUUUUAUUAUUAUUAUUAUUAUUAUUAUUAUUCUUAGGCUUAGAUGACUUCAAGUACUUGUCUUUCUUUGAAGACUGUAUGAAGUUUACUUUGUCAUCAAAGUGUUACUGUGCUGAAAAACAGACAAAAAAGAAAGCCAUGUUGUAGGUGUCAACACUAUGCCUACUUUAAAUUAUUGAACACUUUGUACUCCAAAGUUGGAAAAUAAACUAUUUUUUCUCUUUAUAUUUUUGAUAAAUUGCUCUGAGAAAGAAACAUGGAUACUGUUGAUCUACAGUGUGUGAGUAUGAUGGUUAUGUACAGAAGUUGUAUUAAAAGCCAAUGUAAUGUUUUGUUUUUUUGCCACAGAAUAGUUUAACUUUGGAUUGUAAAUGUAAUUAUAUUGGGUUAUUAAAAAUGCCAUUAGAGCAUCAGUCAACAUCCUAUUUGAAUGUGAUAGUUUUUUCCAAAACCAGAAACUAUGUAUGAACAAGUGACUGUCACUAUGACGAUGCUGGUAUUCAAAAUGUGCUGUCAUGUUCUCACUUUCACGCAACCACUGUUGUUAACCAAGAAAGUGUGUAGGUGAAACAAAGCCUUAAAUCUUCUUGCUGCCAAAUGUUUUGUCAUUGUUCAAGGUUCUGGCAAGUAUUUAAGUUGUCACAGGUUACUAAAUCUAUUGUUUGGCAGUGUUCUUAUUAUGUCAUUUCAUGUGCUUUUGUUGUAUUGCAUUUGAGGCCUUACUUAUUGUAUUGAUAUUAUUAAUGUAAUUAUUGGCACUUGUUGCUUGUGUUUUGAAAAUUUUCUCAAUGUUUUAUUAAUGUGUUUAUCAUAUGAUGGUCUGCAAUAAUACAAUAGAUACUCUGAAGAGCCUUAGAAUAAAUAUUAUAUUUUUCUCUUCAGCAAGAGGACUGCUUAUAUAUUGAAAAUGAUUAAGUUACCUGAUAACAGAUGAAUAUAUAUUUUUGUUUACUUACAGUAUGAUGUGUAUAUUUGUGGACAGAGACAGUAUUUCCAUUGUGUUGUAUUAUAUAUAGUGUUAAACAUGCUGUUUUCCUGAUAGCAUUUUGUCAUUAUUCUGAACAUGGCUCAGGAACAUCUCAUUUCUAUUGAGUAUUACUGAGACUUAAAGUAUGUCAACAAUUGUAACUUUAUGUAUUUUUAAUGGUGAAAAGGAAUAUAACCCUUAUCACCAUUUAAACUGGGCAUAUGGAGACAAAUAUGUUGUAAAAAGGACUUGAUGAGCUGAUGAUAUGCCUGGCCAGCAGGUAAGUCUGGCUAGUCUAUAUGUUUAUUUAGCCUAGCCUACUGUGUUGAUAUUUUUAAAAAGAAAUUAAAAUUUGAUUAUCUUCUCAUGCCAAUAGUUUGAAUGAUAAGAAAUGUGUCAGUGUAAUCAAGUGCAUUAUUUAGAUUUCCUCCUAUAUCCAGUCAUGGUGAUUAAUCUUUGAUCUUGAAAAACUGAAUAACAAUCCAAGACUUAAAACAGAUGAUAUGUUAAUUGGCGUUUUAUGAAUCACCCCAUGGAAAAAAUGUCAAUAUUUUGGUCGAGGGUUGAGGUUGAUCAUUCGUAGGACUACUGUUUUCUUUCUCUGUAAAUUGGUGAUCAGAGCUGAACAUGAGUACUACAGUAACCAGCCAAAACGGGUAGGUGCUUUUCCAAAGUGUGUAGCCCAUAAGACUGAUAGUUUUUUUUUUGGUUGUUGUCGUGAUAAGGAAUUCACCAAACUGUUAAGUGGGGUCAUAUGUGACAUUGAACGCUUUGUCAAUUAAAUAAACUCUUAAUAUUGUCCAAA